UUCAAUAUGGCGUCGUCGGUGUAACGUGUGCUGAGAAGCGUGGAAACUGGUGUCGGUUGGUUGUUCUGCUUCCCGGAGGGAAAUCUUUUGGUCAAAAAGUGAAUUAAGGAGGUUGGUUGUGAAACUAGUUGUGGGAAAUCCUGAGUUUAUGAUAAGAGAGUCUUUCCUGCCGUGUUGGUAUAUGGGACACACCUUGGCUCCAUACAGAAGUACACUAACUUUUCAACUUCAGAAGAGCUGGAACCUUGUGCCUUUAGUCUUUCUUCAGAUUAGAAACUAUUCUUUCGUCAAGGGCAUGGAGAGCAAUCAGGCACAAGAUAUGGAAAAAGAAAGUUGUCAUCUGAGGCAAAGUGUGGCACACUCAUCGUCAGUGGGAACCAGCGAAGGCUCUGAGACAGAAAAGAAUGGUGAGACUUUAAUCACAGAAGGGAAGGCAAAAAUAAUUUUCCCAAGUGCCAAUGAAGUGUUCUACAACCCUGUCCAGGAGUUCAACAGAGACCUUACGUGUGCAGUCAUUACGGAAUUUGCUCGUCUACAGCUUGCAUCAAAAGGGAUUUGGAUUGCAGUUCCUGGGGAGGAAAAUGCCUCUAAAGUGAUUGUGGAUCUCUCAAAAGGGGAGCAAGACGAUGACUUGGAACAGCCACCUGGUGGAGAUCAGCCAGAUAAGGAGGAUCAUGAAGUUGCAGGAGUGGGAGAAGUAUGCCAGGAUGGACUCCAUGUGCUGGAGGCCUUGGCUGCUUCUGGGCUGCGCUCCAUCCGGUUUGCCAAAGAGGUGCCUGGCCUUCGCAAGGUGGUGGCUAAUGACUUCUCUUCCAAGGCUGUUGAACUCAUAACCCAAAACAUUCAGCUCAAUGAUGUAGGACACCUGGUCACUCCAAGCUUAUCAGAUGCCCGGAUGCUGAUGUACCAGAGCAAGGUGGCCAAAGAGCUCUUUGACAUCAUUGAUCUGGACCCCUACGGCAGCCCUUCCACAUUUCUGGAUGCUGCGGUGCAGGCUGUGAGCGAAGGAGGUCUGCUGUGUGUCACUUGCACUGACAUGGCUGUAAUGGCUGGGAACUCUGGGGAGACCUGCUACAGCAAAUAUGGGGCCAUGUCUAUCAAGGCCAAGUUCUGCCAUGAGAUGGCGCUGCGGAUUAUCUUGCACAGCCUGGAUCUGCGCGCCAACUGCUACCAGCGCUACAUUGUCCCCCUCCUGUCCAUCAGCGCCGACUUCUAUAUUCGCGUGUUUGUGCGGGUCUUCACUGGUCAGGCCAAGGUCAAAGCUUCUGCCAGCAAGCAGGCCUUGGUCUACAACUGCGUGGGCUGUGGCUCCUUUCACAUCCAGAGACUCGGCAAGAUGGCCAACAAUGGAAACCACUUCAACUACAAGGCUGCCUGCGGGCCCCCGGUAGGGCCGUCCUGCGAACAUUGCCACCAGCGCCACCAGCUGGCUGGCCCUUUGUGGGCAGAGCCACUCCACGACGCGGCUUUUGUCCAGCGGGUCCUGUCGGCAGUUGGGAGCAACCCGGGGCGCUUCCAAACAAGCCCGAGGAUUCAGGGCAUCCUGAGCAUGGUGAUGGAGGAACUCAGUGAUGCCCCUCUCUAUUACACCCUUGAUCAUCUCAGCAAAACCAUCCGUUGCAGCAGUCCUUCCCUGCUCCAGUUCAGAUCAGCUCUCCUCCAUGCUGGUUACCGGGUGUCACUUUCCCAUGCGUGCAAGAACACCAUCAAGACAGAUGCACCACCCUCUGUGCUUUGGGACAUCAUGCGCUGCUGGGAGAAACUCAACCCUGUGAAAAGAGAGCGGCUCUCAGAGAGCAGCCCAGCUGCCCGCAUCCUCUCUGUGGAACCCAAGCUGCAGGUGUCCUUCACUGUCCGGGCAGAUGCUAAUCCUAGCUCACGAAAACAGGGCCUGAAACGGUUCCAGCUGAAUCCUGAGCCAUUCUGGGGACCAAAAGCAAGAGCCAAAGCUGGGGGUGGGAUCUCCUCCUCUCUGCAGGACAAGCGAAAGCUACACCAGAACAAGAGGAAGGAGCAUGCCGAAGAGAGUGAUGGGACCCACCUGAAGAACUUCCCCUGCAAAAGGUUCCGGCAGGGCAACUGUUCACUGGGGGACAAAUGCCGCUACUCCCACGAGACAGAAAGAGAAAUGGAGCAAACUGACACAACGGCAUCGUGAUGAAACAGUCCAGAAUGUCUGCUUGGUGUUUUUUUUUAAUUAAUGGAGAAGCUUUAUUUUAAAUAAUCCAUUUAUUAUGUGCCUGCCAUUAAAAAAUUGUCUUUU